GCCGAAUUCGAUGAAAGGGAAAGUGAAAUGGCUUCAACUUCCCUUGGCGACGACGACAUGGAUAAAGACAUGAGCGACUUUUAUCAGUUCCACUAGCGGUGCCUGUAAACAGGGAUCUAACUGCAGGUGCCCAUAGAAAAUGACGGUUAAUGCGGUCGAUCUCUCGGUUGCCUAAAUCCAUAAGGUAACAAGGACGGAGAAUUCACGGCAUUUAUUAUUUUUUGCCAAAAUGAGCUCUCCAUAAAUGUACCAAGAAGAAUCUUCAUAGUAUAUCUAGGACAUUUUACUUCACUAUCUUGACACAAAUUUCACAAUGGAGAAACACAGAUUUCUUAGACCCUCAGUUCAUUUUACUCUUCUUCUUACUCUAAUUUUCAUUUUCCAAUCUUCAAUUCCUGGUUCUGCAGCUCAACAACCCAUCAAAACUAUUGUAGUGUUGGUUUUAGAGAAUCGAUCUUUCGAUCAUAUGAUAGGAUGGAUGAAGAAAACUAUUAAUCCAAAUAUCAAUGGGGUUACAGGUAAUGAAUGUAAUCCAAUUUCAACUAAAUCUCCAUCCGAAUCAGUUUGUUUCACCGAUGAUGCUCAUUUUGUAGACCCAGAUCCCGGUCACUCUUUCCAAGCCAUUCGUGAUCAAGUUUUCGGCUCUAACUCAUCAACUCCUACCAUGAAUGGUUUUGUUGAACAAGCAUUAACAAUGUCUACUGAAUUAUCUGAAGCUGUAAUGAAAGGGUUUAGACCUGAAAAAGUACCUGUUUUUGCUUCACUGGUGAGCGAAUUCGCCAUUUUCGAUCGGUGGUUUAGUGCGCUUCCGGGACCAACACAACCCAAUAGGCAGUUUGUUUACUCUGGAACAUCUCAUGGAGCAACUAGUCAUGUCAAGAAGCAACUACUGAUGGGAUUCCCACAAAAAACUAUAUUUGAUUCUCUCCGUGAAGAUGGAAUGGAUUUUGGGAUCUAUUUCCAAACCGUUCCCUCUACUUUAUUUUAUAGGAACCUUCGUAAACUCAAGUAUAUUUCCAAGUUUCAUCAGUUCGAUUUGAGUUUCAAGAAGGAUGCAAGUGAGGGGAAGUUGCCUAGCCUAACUGUGAUCGAGCCGAGAUACUUUGAUUUAAUAGGAGCUCCUGCUAACGAUGAUCAUCCCUCUCAUGAUGUCGCAAAUGGGCAAAAGUUCGUUAAGGAAAUUUACGAGGCAUUGAGAUCUAGUCCUCAAUGGAAUGAAACCCUUUUUAUUAUCACAUACGAUGAACAUGGUGGCUUUUAUGAUCAUGUAACUACUCCUUAUGAGAAUGUGCCUAAUCCCGAUGGUAACAAUGGCCCUGCUCCAUUUUUCUUCAAGUUUGACAGGUUGGGAGUCCGAGUACCGACCAUAAUGGUGUCUCCUUGGAUCAAAAAAGGAACUGUGAUCAGUGCUCCGAAAGGACCUGCUCCAAACUCAGAAUUCGAGCACUCUUCGAUACCCGCGACAAUAAAAAAAAUGUUCAACCUUUCAUCCAACUUCUUGACACAUAGAGAUGCUUGGGCUGGUACAUUCGAGGAGGUGGUUGGGGAGUUAACCGCACCAAGAACAGAUUGUCCAGAGGUACUACCUGAUGCGACUCCUUUGAGAACCACAGAAGCCAAUGAAAAUGGUGCCAUAUCUGAAUUUCAAAGCGAAUUGGUACAAUUAGCUGCAGUUCUCAAUGGGGAUCAUAUGCUGAGCAGCUUUAGAGAUGACACGAGAAAAAAGAUGAGUGUAAAGGAGGCAAAUGAGUAUGUAAAGGGGGCUAUAUCUAGAUUUUUUCGAGCGAGUAAAGAAGCUGUCAAACUGGGAGCUCAAGAAUCUGCUAUUGUAGAUAUGAGAUCAUCUCUCACUACUAGAUCCAAAUCUCACCCUUGAAAAUACCCAUUCAUGGGUGCUGUGUUUAAUUGGUUUUUCCUUUAAUUUACAUAAUGGUAAUCAUUAUAAUGUAUUAAUGUUAUGGUACGCAAUAGCGCACUGGUUAAUAGUAACAUGUUUCAAAGAAUUAUCAUUAUGCACCA